UAUUAUUAUUUAAUUAAUUGAUAAUUAUUUGAGUACUCUUUACGCAUGCGUCCAGCUCUCUGAUUGGUUUCACUUGUUGCUCGGCAAUCAAACAUUUAGCGGGAACGACUGUUUUACGUUAACAUCGAGCUAGCGUUAACAGUUGAAUUGAUCAUAUUUAUCUUUGUUUUGGUUAAAUAAUCCAACAUUACUGCCACCUUUUAUAUCGUGUUUUCUCACCACUACAAUGGCGUGUGUACAACAAUUCAGAACUUCACAGGAUACUCAGCUGUUGCCUAAUCAGGUUCUCUCAGAGCAGCAGUCCUUGGUUGUUAUGAAGAAGCUUCUGGCCAUCGCAGUGUCUGGCAUCACAUAUCUCCGGGGCCUUUUCCCAGAGAAAGCCUACGGCAGCAAAUAUGUUGAAGAUCAGAAAGUGAUGAUCAUUAAAGAAGAGCUCUGUUGUCCCGGUGCCACUCAGAUUGUUCAGUGGAUACAGGGAUGCUUUGAGGCCAUCCAGAAUAAGUAUCUGCGGACCGUCAUUAUGUCUAUCUACACUGACCCAGAAAACCCCCAGAAAGUGACUGAGUAUUACCAGUUUAGGAUCCAAUACACAGCAAACGGAGCGCAGAUGGAGUUUGAGAGCAGCAACAACAACAACAACCAGGUGUCGUCGAUGUCAUGUGGCAACACUAAGAAGGCCAGCAUCCUGCUGGUGCGGAAGCUCUACACUCUGAUGCAAAACCUGGGGCCUCUGCCAGACAAUGUCUAUCUCAACAUGAAGCUGGCUUACUAUGACAAUGUCACUCCUCAGGACUACCAGCCGCCAGGCUUUAAGGAGGCCGAUGGAGACACCAUGGAGUUUGAGAAGGAGCCGGUCAAACUCACCAUGGGCGAGGUGGCCACUCCCUUCCAUACACUAAAGUUGGAUAUGGCAACAGAGAGACAGAGACUGGAGGAGGUGGAGGAGAGUGUCCAAGUGACAGAGAAGUGGGUUCUGAAAAUGGAGGAGGAAGGCGUCCUGUCACAGACUCAUGUGAUCGAAGACGUGGAAAAGCCUGACAACGAGAACACAGACUUGGACAAAACACAGAUCCAGAUGAGCUGUCAGAUUGAGACCUGUGAGGAAGCAGCAGAGAUGAACACUCUGGUGAAGAAGACCUCCGACAUGGACGUGGGCCUGAAGAGGACCAGGAGUGGACGGAUCAUCAAGUCCAUCACGGAGGCAAACCUGACUGUGAACAACAAGAAUUCAACAGCUAUGGAGGACAAAAUGGUUUCUCAGUAUGACAUCCAGAACAGCCAGGAAACACCGUCCACCUCCGCACACAUGAAAAGGCGCAAGUUCAGCGAGCCCAAAGAGCGCUACUGACCGUCACACCUCACUGCUGACACAGCAGCACUUCUGUAUUAAUUUACACUGAUGUUUUUUUAAAUUUUAAAGUUUUGAAAAGCUGUGUAUUUCUUUCAGUAUUCAUUUUUGAGGUUGCGAUUUUAAGUUCGCAUUACAGUUUAUUUGAUUGCAACUAAUUUAAAAUGUGUACAAUUUGCACAUUUGAUAGAAUACUGAUGAGCAAAUGUAUUCACUAACACAGUUUUCAGUGAUUUUUAAAGGCCAUGUUGGUUUUGCUGUUACUAUUAUUUGUCAUUUGUUUAAAAACAAGGAUUUUGUACUUGAAUAAAAUACAAA